ACUUUCAAAAGCCCUUUUGCAACCAACCGGCGAGAGCAAAAGAAACUUACGAGAGAGAGAGAGAGAGAGAGAGAUGUCGAAGACUCUGGUGCAGCCGGUAGGGCAGAAGAGGUUGACGAACGUCGCAGUGGUUCGAUUGAAGAAGCAAGGCAACCGCUUCGAGAUCGCUUGCUACAAGAACAAGGUCCUUUCUUGGCGUUCCGGCGUGGAGAAGGAUAUAGAUGAAGUGUUGCAGUCGCAUACUGUUUACUCAAACGUGUCCAAAGGAGUUCUUGCUAAAUCUAAAGACUUGAUAAAGGUCUUUGGAUCCGAUGAUCACACCAAGAUCUGCUUGGAGAUUCUGGAGAAAGGUGAGCUUCAAGUUGCUGGCAAAGAGAGAGAGUCGCAGCUGUCUAGUCAGUUUAGGGAUAUCGCUACGAUUGUGAUGCAGAAAACCAUUAACCCUGACACCCAACGCCCUUAUACCAUUAGCAUGGUUGAGCGUCUUAUGCAUGAGAUCCAUUUCGCUGUUGAUCCUAAUAGCAACUCCAAGAAGCAGGCUCUUGAUGUCAUCCGUGAGCUGCAGAAGCACUUCCCUAUAAAGCGUUCUCCAAUGAGACUGCGUCUCACUGUUCCUGCUCAGAACUUCUCCUCCCUUCUGGAGAAGCUUAAAGAAUGGGACGCUUCUCUUGUCUCCAAAGACGAAUCUGGAACUCACAUGUCCACUGUGUGCGAGAUGGAACCGGGGCUAUACCGAGAGUGUGAUUCCCUUGUGAGGAGUAUGCAGGGGAGAUUAGAGAUACUCGCUGUAUCGGUUCAUGCUGAAGGUGACACGAGCAUGGAUCAUUACGAUGAGCAUGACGAUAUGGCAUUGCAGACAAACAAGCCGUUGUUACCUCUUGAGACUGAGACCGACGAACUUAGCAAGAAAAUGCAGAAGCAAGAGAUUGGUACUACUAGUGACGACACAAAGGAAGGAGAAGGAGAAGGAAAAGGGAUCAAGUGCAGUACGUGCAACACGUUUGUUGGAGAAGCUAAGCAAUACAGAGAGCAUUUCAAGACUGAUUGGCACAAACACAACCUGAAGCGAAAGACUCGUAAACUCCCUCCUCUUACUGCUGAAGAAUGCUCCGCUGAGGUUGACAUGGAUGACUCCAGAUCAGACUUGAAAGACUACUCUUUCUGAUAUUUUACAGCUUUUUGCCAUUUAAUGUGCGAGUAUAUGAACACGCAAACUUGUUGUGGAGCUGAUCAGGAAUGAAUCUCUUUUUUUUUGUUUAUUAUUGUUGCAGUUAACAGACCCUUUUCUUGAGUCUAUAAAUGUCUUAAUACCUUUCA